AACAUAUCCAUCCCUGUUGUAGAAGAAAAAAAAUUGAUAACACAUCAUUCGUUUGCUACAGCAAGAACAACAAAAACAAUAAUUUUUAAAACAUUUAUAUUAACAACAAAAUUCCUGCCUUUCACUUAAAAGUCCUUUUCGAGAUCAACACAUACUGAAACAUUAAAGGCCGCAAUGGGAGGAUUGUUUACGAAAAGUAAAAAACAAAGUCGAGUAACAGAACAAGACAAAGCAGUUUUGCAACUGAAACAACAAAGAGAUCGCCUGAAACAGUAUCAAAAACGCAUUGAACUGUCACUGGAAAACGAUAGACAAUUGGCCAAGAAAUGUCUGGCACAAGGACGAAAGGAACGGGCAAAACUGUUGCUGCGAAAAAAGAAAUAUCAGGAAACUAUGCUGGCAAAUACAGACAAACAGUUGGAGAAUUUGGAAAAAAUGGCCGCAGACAUAGAAUUUGCCCAGGUGGAAAUGCAAGUGCUUGAAGGUUUGAAACAGGGCAAUACUGCUCUGAAGAAAAUGCAUGACAUUUUGGACAUUAAUGAGAUCGAAAAGAUUAUGGACGAGACUCGCGAUGGAAUUGAAAAACAACAAGAAAUCGAUGCUAUACUUUCUGAUGCUCUGACUCAACAAGAUGAGGAUGAUGUGCUGGCCGAGUUGGAAGCCCUUGAAGCAGAGGAAGAUUCAAAAGUUGCUGUUUCACUGCCUGAUGUUCCAAGUGAGACAUUGCCUGAAGUGGAAGAAGAAGUCGCUGGCGACGACGAAGAAGUGGCUAAAGCCAAAGUUGGUAAAGUCAAAGAAAAGCCAGCUAAAGUUCUGCUGGAAGCCUAGUGUUGUACCAAAGGCCCUUAUUUACAAAUCUAUGUCUGUGUACGUAAAUAUAAAUAUUUAUUAUUUUUUUGCUAGAAAUUUAUUUUUUUUCUAAUGAUUUUUAUUCUAACGCAAGUAAUUUAGAGUAAUAAGGAACGAAAGUCAUGUGUCAUAAAUAAAGAUGGAUUAAAACAAGAAA